AUGGCAGCUAAUUCCGAGUACAGAUGGAAAGCUGGUAUGCAGACCUCCUCACAGCAACUCCAAGCAGCUGUAGGAGAAAUUUUAAACGUCCUUAAUCUUCCAAAAUUGAGCUCCUUUGGACCAAACGCCCCACCAGUAGUGAAGGAUGGAUCUCCUAUGCCACAACGUCUGGUGCCGUUUGACUCUGCCACUGCUUCUCAGAUGGAACAGAGGACAUCACCGCAAGAGACGAUCGAAGUUACGCCGAGGACAAUGCCCAUGACCAGAGAAAAUUCCAUCGAGCCCGAAACUUCGCAAGAAGAUACAUUGAUUGGAGCCCCAAUGGGAACACUCUAUGAAGUGACAAAGCUUCGGCACCUACGCAACCCUGAAGCAAAUGACUCUUUUCGCUCGCCACUCGAGACGGAUUUUAUAUCAAGAGGGGAUAUUGACAUACAAGAUGCCCUAGACCUGUUUGGUGUAUUCAACCGGUCAUUGAAUCACUAUCUCUGGGGUGGGAUUGCCCUUGUCCAUUCAAACUUAGAAUCAGUUCGGAAGUCUUCAUCCUUACUUCUGGCGGCAAUUUUGGGUGUAACUGCACUCCACAUUCCUGGAAAAGCAGUCAUCUUUGACAUUUGUUAUGCUGAAUUCACCUCCCUCGUUUCAAACUCGAUGCUGAAUCGCUCACAUUGUUUUGAUACUGUCAGAGGUCUAUGUAUAGGAGCAUUUUGGAUAAGUGACUUGUCUUGUCAGUUCCCCCUUAUCUGCUUCAAAUCAAACUUGCAAGAAUUAUGAAAAAAGAGCUAAUCCCAAAGUCAGGGAAACUAUCUGGCCAUGCAGUGCGCAUAGGAACGGAACUCAACCUUCAUAGGAGUUACUACAAAGCUCGUAAAACUAACGGUCCCGAACAUAUGGACGCAGCUCGUCUGUGGUACCUUCUAUAUGUUUGUGACCACCAUUUCAGUAUCGCAUUUGGAAGACCACCUGUUAUACAUGAGGAUCAAGCUAUUGCUAAUCAUGAAAAUUUUCUGAAGUUGCCUGGAACGGCACAACCGGAUCUAAGACUACUCAGUCAAGUGGCUCUUUUCAUUAUCCUCACGAAGAUGUACAAUACCUUUGGGCCUGAUAUUGAUCACAUACUAGAAGAGUAUGACCUUGCUUUAUUAAGAGGAUUCAAUAUGGAUCUUGAUGGCUGGCGAAUGAGGUGGGAGUCACAAUUAGGUACACAAGCAACCUUUCCCACAUCUCAAACAGGCUUAAUAAUUUUUCAAUAGACCCAAACCCAUUUAUUUCGACAUACCCCUCGAAGGGUGUUGCUUUGCAUUAUCAUUUCAGCAAACUUCAAUUAAAUUCUCUUUCGCUCCGUGGAUUUAAAGAACUUCCUCCAACAGAGCUCUCUCCCUCACGUCGUGAAUACGCCAAUCUCGCUAUUUCGAGCGCCAUCUCCAUCCUCCAGCUCGUCAUUACCCAGCAAGAUAUAAGAGAAGGCCUAGUUGGAGUUCCACUCUAUCUUCAAACCAUGAUUACCUACGCUGCCGUAUUCCUUCACAAGGUACAAAGGAAAUGGAAGUCGCUUCAUCUAGUGUCCGAUGCCACAGUAGCCAGAGAGCUCAUUCAACAGACUAUUGAUAUAUUAAAGCGAGUUCGAGCUAGUGAGCGACACCUGGCAUAUCAAAUCGCCAAUGGGCUGGCGAAAAUGCUUGAUCGAGCCAAGAUAGAGGAUCAGUCUUCAUCCAGCAAUCCAGCAACUGGGAUCCCAGGCUAUGAAGCAAGUGACAUCGCCCCAUUCUCUGUGUAUGGAGAUUCGAUGGAUUUGUUUGACGAGCAUUAUUUCCCACUGGGAUUUUUUGAUGUAACCUCAAUCACAGGGGCUGGACCGCACAUGAAUCAAGACGACCGUAUCAUUAUGUGA